CAACGCAAAAACCUUUGAGUUUUCGAGAGAAAGAAACCAAAUUCAUUCAUCGUUUGCGGUUGGUUGCUUUGUUCCUCCUCUCUCAGCAGCAACAGCAGCAGAUGGUAAGGGGAGGGAAGGUUACUGGCAAACGCAGUUCUAGAAAAAAGGUUCGGUCCGACAAGGGUAGUUCUGAUGAUUCGGACGAGGAAUAUGUGGUUUCCGAUGGAAAUAGGAAUUCAUCUGAUGAGGAUUAUUGCUCCUCGUUAGAUGGAUGUGCAUCAGAGGAUAGUUUUGAUGGUUUUAUAGUGGAUGAGGAGGAGGAGGAGUUUCGAAGAGUCAGGAAUUCCAGUAGAUCCAAGGCGAAAAUUGGGAUAUGCAGCUGGCGGAAAAAUGCAAGUAGAAGCUCGCGAAAGAGGGGAAGGAUUGCAUAUGCAGAUCAAGAGGAGGAGGAGGAAGAAGAAGAAGAAAAGGAAUUUCGAAGUGUGAGGAAUGCUAAUAAAUCAAAAAGUGCCAUUUGCGGUUGGCGGAGAAAUGCGAGCAAAAACUCGAGAAAGAGGCGAAGGAUUGUACAUGCAGAACAAGAAGGCGAGGAAGAAGAGAGUUUGGAGGACAAGGAGGAGGAAGAGGAGGAGGAGGAGGAGGAAGAAGAGGAAUUUCAAGGAGCUAGGGCUAUCAAUAGAUCGAAGGUCCAAAAUGGUGUUUGUGAUAAGCAAAAAAACGCACAUGCAGAACAAUUAGAAGAAGAAGAUGAGGGGGAGGAGGACGAGGAGGAGAAGAAAGCGGAGGAACAGGAAGAGGAGGUGGAGGAGAGACAUCUAGAUGAGGAAGAAAAAGAAGAGGAAAAAGAGGAGGGAGAUAGAGAUGAAGAGGAUGAGGAUUUUGAAUAUGAUGAUGAGGAUGUGGACGAGGAUGAGGAUGAGGAUGAUGAGUUUUCACCAGAGGAAGAAGAUUUUACAGACGAGGAAGAAGAAAUGAAAAUGGGCAAGAAGGUUCUGCCAAAAAGGGCCUCUCUAAGGAAUAAUAUGGGGUUAAGGAGGAAAGUAAAAUGUGCCAGUGAAGAUGAUUUUAUAGAUAAUGACCCCACCAUCACGACAACAUGCAGAAAGAAGCGGAGCCGCCGAAAGAGGAGAAGACUGCUUCUUUCAGAUUCAGAUUGUGCGCCUUCGGAAGCUUCUGAUUUUGAGUUUACCAUCUCUGAAGAAGAAAGAGAACGGGUGAGAGAAGCCAAGAAGUUGUGUGGAAGGGUGAGAAAUAACUUGAGGAGUUCAUCACUUCUAAUAAACAAUGAAGAGGCAGUAGUCCAUGAAGAUCAACCUCAACAAAAGAAGCCUCCAGGUUUGAAGGGUAAGGAAAAGAUAGAAGAACCUCAAGUGAGAAAGGGUAAAGAAAAGAUGGAGGAUUUGAAAAGUGAGGUGGUAAAGCAGGUUUGUGGGAUUUGUCUGUCCGAGGAAGAUAGAAGAAGGGUAAGGGGAGUUCUUAAUUGUUGCACUCACUACUUUUGCUUUGCUUGCAUUAUGGAGUGGGGAAAAGUGGAAUCUCGCUGCCCUGUGUGUAAACAGCGAUUCAAAACAAUCAGUAAGCCUGCACGAUCAUCAAAAGGGGUUGAAUUAAGAGAAAUGGUUAUACAAGUCCCUGAACGUGAUCAGGUUUAUCAGCCCUCUGAGGAAGAACUUAGGAGCUAUAUUGAUCCAUACGAUUCUGUUAUUUGUUCAGAGUGUCUUCAAGGUGGAGACGAUGGCCUCAUGUUACUAUGUGAUGUCUGUGAUUCCCCUGCGCAUACAUAUUGUGUUGGCUUAGGGCGGGAAGUUCCUGAAGGUAAUUGGUAUUGUGAUGGUUGUAGACCAGUUGCUCUAGGAACUUCAAGCUCCCAAGCUCAAGAGGCUGAUCCUAUUGCGACAAUCCAGAGCCUGCAUGUUAGACCAUCCCCUGUACAUGUACGAGAGAGUAUAGAUCUCAACUUGAUUUCUUCACCCCGUGCGCCUCCUUCAUCCUCAAGAUUUGCUGGCAGAAGUGUCGAAGGCGUUUCUCCAGUAUCUGGAGGGGCACCGACUUUAUCAGAGAGACGGUGGAUACACCGACAAAUUCAACAGAUUAUUUCAAUGGAUAGGAUGACUUCUACAACUGGAAGAACCAAUGGUAUAUCAGCUAUCAGUUCAACUAGUGACUUAUAUAGCUCUCAAAUUGAUCAAAGUAGGGAAACAUCCUCUCAAUUUGCAAGGACUGAGGAUGUGGGGACAUCAUAUCACACAUUUUUUGCAGAGAGAUUACGUAACAAUAUUUCUCCAUUAAUGCAGAAUGAGGCAUUAUGGCCCAGACUUUUGGGGACACCCCCAGUACCCAAUUAUGAACAAGCUCUUCAGUUCAACAGAUCAAACAUUGUCCCUGAUGGUAGCUCAUUCCCUGCUGUCAAAGAAGAGAGUAACUUUCACCUUGUACACGAGCAGUUGGAAUCAAUGGUUACAAGCCACCUGAAGAGCUUGUCUCAAAAUAUUGAUUUAGGCCAAAGUACUUUCAUGGACAUUGCAAAGAGUUGUAUGCACACCAUACUAGCAGCAUGUGGUCUUGAGCACAUGAAGAGUGAGGUUUGCACUGUGCCUCCGCCAUCUGUGUGUCCGCACAUUGAAAUGAUGGCUGGUGGACAAUCAAGUCUGAUUAAAGGUUGUUGUUCAUCUUGCUUUGAUUCUUUUGUAGGAGAAGUGGUGAAGAGGAUUUUGGAUACAAGAGUUUCGUCACAGUGGUUAAGACUAGGUCUCUAGGCACAAAAUUAUUGCAAUGUGUCCAGUGGCACAUACCUUUUUUUGUUAGGAUUCAAAAAGACGAGAAAAAUAUUUCAUUUACUUGUUCAUACACACAUCAAUAUGAUUCACCAACUUUGAACAAAAA